GUCUAAUAUCGUGCAGAAGGCUCAAGUCAUUUAUGGUAAUAACUCAUCUAAAUACUUUAUUAAUUUAAAUUGUGAAUUAAGUGUAUUGCGUGUUAAAAAUGUUGCAUUUGGAUGCUAGUAGUUCCUCAAAUUCGAAAGCUAUCAGUGAUACGUGCAACAUAGAUUUAAAUUCUAUUAUAAAAAUAGAAACACAACUACAAGAUAAUCCUUACGAUAUGAUUUCUUUAGUGUUCCUGUUGUACGACGUGCCGGAUACAGCGCUGCAGAGAUUGAUAGUAUAUCAACGAGUGAUGAGUGACGUCAGUGAAACAAAUAUUAAUUUGUUGCAAGAAUGGUACUGUCACGCCAGCAGUCGCCCUAACUGGCAACAUGAAUUAUUAGAAGCAUUAAUGAUAUGCCAAUUGAACUCCAUUGUAAAGAGCCUUGGUUUCCAUAUACCCACUAUGAGAGUAUUUUACCUAUCAAGUGAUCCUUUUGGCAGCAAGUACAUUAAUCCGGUAAAGAAAAUCCUUUAUCAUGCCUGUGAAAACAUAGAUUCUACAAAUCUUAAGAAAUUAAAAAAAUCACUUCUUUCUUACGACAUUAAUGUAAUGGAACAUACAACUUGUGAAAUAAUAUUUUUGGAACUCAUGUCUAAAAAAUUUAUAACAAUUAAUAUUUCUCAAGAAAAUAAAACAGAUGAGGGCAUCAUGUACAAUGUAGAAAACAUUGUAAACAUUUUGGACAAAUUAAACGGCCUAAAAAAAAUAGUUAAUAGUUUAAGAUAUCUCCAAAGUAAACCAAAUCAUGAUACUAUAAAAUUAAAACAAGAUAACACAAAUUAUGGGGUUGACGACUUCAACGAUCUAUUUGAUUUGAUCAAUCAAAUUAUGCCAAAUACACUGGAAAACGAUGACUAAUAAAAUUUAUUUUAUUUGAAAUAGAUUUAUGUCAGAUUAAAAAUCUAUAACAAAUUGGUGUAUGUCUAAUAAUGAAUCAAAUAAAUUUCACCUAUCCAAAAAAUCAUUAAACGAGACCUAUAAUUAUUUCCAUAUAUUAUAGAGGAAAACUUCUAAUGUGGAUGAUAUGGGUUUGAGAGAGUGUAGUUAUUACAGUUUCAGAUUCACAGUUGAUCUGAUUUAGACCAUGAUGAAAUGAUAGAAAUCAUCAAUAAGAAGCUUCAAUAAACAUGUUAGUCUUAUCCAAUAAUGAGUAUUUGUAUGAUGUAUAAACUUUCAGAUGGGGAAAAGAUCCAUUGUAAGCUGUUGACUCAGUAAAAAUGAAAGUGACACCAAUAUAAAACCUGGUGGAUAAUGAAAUUAGCCACUUGAGGAGCAAAUUAAAUAGUAUCCAUUAUACUAUUAGACUAUGCUGGGAGGUGAAAAUACUACAUGUGAAAUCAAUUAUACUGAACAUGAAGACUUCAGGUGCAUCACAUUUCAACAUGAGUUUGCAAACUCUUCAGUUUGCUAUGCUAUUUUUUUUUUUCAGAAUAUUGAUGCUACUUAAGAAUGAACUAAAUAAAUAUGAUCACUUAUAUUUUACACAAGAAAAAUGAUACCAAACUGUUCACAAAGUACAGCAUGUGUAGCUCUAUGCAAGCAUUUUAAGAAACAUAAUACAAGUAAUGUGUGAUAUUUAUAAGUAAUUAUAUAUAUUAAAAAUUACUAUACAUUAAUAUACAGAGAAUAAUGCAUAAUAUUUCUACUAUUUGUAAUAUUGAUUAUAUGUAAUACAUAGUUAAUUAAUGAUUCUAAUAUUAAGGUCUGUAUGUCUUUAGCAAUAUUAUAUUUUAGAGGAUGUUUAUUAUGUUAUACAUAGUUCUUUUUCUAUAUGAAAUAAAUAUUAUAUUUAAUUAAAAACAAAUUACAUUACGCGAA